AUGGUGCUAUCGUUAAACCACGGGAAAGGUGUCAACGCCCUCUGUCAAGCACUGGUAGCCCAACUCAGUCAGUGUCUGAGCGAUAUAUACGCCGACAAUAGCCUACGGGUGCUCAUCAUGAGGUCGACGGUGUCCGGGGUUUUCUGUGCCGGCGCUGACCUCAAAGAGCGGGCGUUUAUGGCGGACCCGGAGAUCGAGGCUUUUGUUGCUAAACUUAAGUCUAUAGCCGAUGGCAUCGCCGACAUCCCGGUGCCCACCAUUGUAGCCAUGGAUGGGGCGGCAAUAGGAGGGGGACUGGAGUUUGCAUUGGCGGCCGAUAUACGGGUUGUUAGCGAUAAUGUAAAGCUCGGCCUCUCGGAGACUAAACUGGCUAUCAUUCCCGGCGCCGGUAUUUAA